AUGCUGUAUUUUAUGAUGACAGAUGAGCGUAAUGGGAUACCUAUUGGUCCAAAGGCUGCUUCAGAAUGGUUGUCUGUUUAUCCAAAAGGAAUUCACGAACUGUUGCUCUAUAUUAAAACAAAGUAUAACAAUCCUUUGAUCUACAUCACUGAAAAUGGAAUAGAUGAGUUCGAUGAUCCAACACUCUCACUUCAGGAAGCCCUUGCAGAUACACCCAGAAUUGAUUACUAUUAUGAUCAUCUUUAUUUUCUUCAAACUGCAAUUAAGGAAGGCGCAAAUGUAAAAGGAUAUUUUGCAUGGUCGUUACUUGACAAUUUCGAAUGGACUUUUGGCUACACUUUGAGAUUCGGAAUUAACUUUAUAGAUUACAAUGAUGGACUCAAAAGAUAUCCAAAACUCUCGGCCAUGUGGUUUAAGAAUUUCCUACAACACAAUAUUGUUACAUCUGUAGAUUCAUGUUAA